CGCCUCGGAGCCGGCGCCCGGCGGAGAGUGCUCGGCUGGUGCCGCCUGCACCCCGAGCCCAGCCCCUGCGGGCGGAGGCCGUCGAACCCUUCCAGAAGGAUGCUGGAGAGCGGCUGUAAGGCGGUGAAGGAGGGCAUGCUGGAGAAGAGGAGCGACGGGCUGCUGCAGCUCUGGAAGAAGAAGCGCUGUAUCCUCACCGAGGAGGGGCUGCUCCUCAUCCCCCCCAAGCACCCCCCGCCGCCGCAGCAGCAGCAGCAGCCGGCCGAGCCGGCGGCCAAGAUUAAGGAGCUUCACUUCUCCAACAUGAAGACGGUGGACUGCGUGGAGCGGAAGGGCAAGUACGUGUACUUCACGGUGGUGAUGGCCGAGGGGAAGGAGAUCGACUUUCGGUGCGCCCAGGAGCAGGGCUGGAACGCGGCGAUCACGCUGCAGAUGGUGCAGUACAAGAACCGCCAGGCCAUCCUGGCCGUGCGCUCCACCCGGCAGAAGCAGCAGCAUCUGGCGGCGCCCCACGGGUCGCGGCUCCGCGGCGCCUCCAACUCCGCCUAGCGCAGGUACGGACCCGGCUCCGCCGCUCCGGCUCCGCGGGGCUGCCCGCCCCGGCCGCCUCUUCGCCUGACGGGUGCCCUGUGUGCUCUCUUCUCGCUGCAGGUCACGGUCACGGAGCGCUGCCGAGGAGAGGGACAGAGCGCGUUCGUGCCGGACCUGCCCCAGGGGCUCAGAAACUGGGCGGACGCCGGAGGUGCGGGUAGAGCGGAGAGAAGCGGCUCAAGAGCCCGAACCUCAGCCAGCUGCUGCUGCUGCUUUGCCGCCCUCGGUGCCGAGAAGCAUUUCAAAUCCAUUAUUUAUGAACCUUGGAAAGGAUCCUUUGGUGUGAUGGGACUUCUAGGAGACAUGAUGUACUGUAACUUUAUUUUAAUGUAUUUUAUUUUAUUUAUUAGGGUUGUUUUCUUUUGGUUUUGUUUUCCUUUUUUUUUUUGUUUUGUUUAAGGCUUAUUUGCAAGACAUUUCUGAAUGUAGGCCAUAUCAAAAAAGUAAAGGAAAAAAACAAUAUGCAUGUAAGCUCCCUAAAAGAAUGGAGAAGUUCUGGGUACUUUGACUGUGUGCAAUUUGACAAAAAGAUUAAUAAUCUUUUACCCAAACUACACUAUAUUCCACCAGCAUGGAAAAUGUGAUGUGUGUUUCAAAAUUUGGCUGAAACCUGUACUGCAUAUGAAACAUAUUUUCUCUAAUGAGAACAAAAAUUAUAGACUGGGGCUCAAUUGAUUUUUUUUUAAUAUUAAACGUGGUGGAAGAUGAUAAAAUGUUAUUCAUGCUUGGCUAUUCAAAAAAGCAAUGUUGCUUGUCAUUCUGGGAUUGAAACCAACCUGUUUAGUGUAUGAGUUGAAGGAAUCUGACCAACUUCUUUUGUGAUACAGGAAUCUGAGUUGGACUCCAGCUAUCUGUGUGGUGUGCUUGCUCCUAGGCUGGUGGGCCAGGGCUGGGAAGUGUUCAUGAAUGUUUCUUAGCUUCCAAGUCCAGGGCUCCCUCUGCACGCUCAGUUUUCAGAGUGAUCUGGACUCUGUGUUGCAUUUUCAUGGUGGUUUUUUAAUGUCUUGCAUUAAAGCAGUCUGUAGUUUAAAAUUUUAUGUAUGUUUUAGCGUGCAAAUGGAUUAUUUUGGUCACAGUUUUUAUAAGCUGAAAGUUGCUCUCUAGCUGAGAUGAACUAGAUUAAUUUUGGUGUUUAGCACUGUCAGAUGUUGAGAGAGGCGUGCCAUCUUGCCUCUAAAAACGUUGACGAAGCCAUGAAGUUGGAAAACAAAGGGCUAAUUGCACAGCUGGUGUGUGUUUCUCUGCCUCUUAGAAGUCAGUGGGGUUGGGCUGCCGAUGCCGGCCGGAUCUCCUUGCCCGGUGCAGAGGAGGCCGUCGGGCACGGGCAGUGACAUCUCCAGGACAGGGCCCUUCUGACGGUGGCUGCCUCACCUCGAGUGCUGCCGCUGCCCAGGUUCUCGGGUUUAAAUGAAAGGGGGAGGCUGCAAUGGGACAGAGCCAUGUGGCCCAUUAUCUCUGGUCCAAAGUAAAAUGUCAAAGCCAUGGAGAUAUUUAUUUUAGCUAGUGUGGUGAGGAAAAUGGCUUUUGGCCCCUUUACAAUUUACAUUAAUAUAAACAAAAUCUUUUAAAGCUACACAUCCAACGCUUUUUGUGUAAAUGACAAGAGCCUUAGAUUCUUGGUGCAAGCUUGUUUCUGUCAGUGUUUAAAGCAAAAAGCUGAUGUGAUACUCAAAGGGAGAUGUUAGAAUUCACUAUGGUGUCCCUCGGUCCCUUCCUCUGCACUCUAAGAUUAAGUCAGUCCUGUAAGGGAGUAAGUUGAGGUCUGUGCUAGCCCUUGUCUUUUGUUCCCUCCUCCAGGUGUCAGGGUCAGAGAUCUGGACAAGUAAAGCAUGGUAUGGUGCAGAUCAAAGCCCUGACAAUGCUCUGUAGUUACUCCUGAGCACUUAUUUUCAACCUGGCCCUGGCCAGGGCUGCGUGGUGAACUUGGGGUGGUGGAUUACAGCUGUCCUAACUAACUAAAUCACUAUUUGGCCAUUAAUUGAAAUCGAAGGUGCCCCUCAUCUUCUAGGAUUAGGUUCGCUGGCUUGGCAAUCAUAACACUGAAUUUCCACUUCUCUGUACAUCUGCCAUUAUCAUUCUGCUAACGCUUGGAUGUUAGAGCUGCAAGGGGAUUCUCUAAUGAGCUAGUCAGAGACUCACAAAAUAGACUGUAAUUUGGCUCCUCUCUUUACAGUGAUUAACAACAGUUUACUGAGAAACUAAUCCACCUUUUCAGGUAUACAGAUGUAUUGCUGAUCUCACCUACUAAAAUACAUUUUAGCCUACUGAAGGAUAAAUGUAACUGAUGAGAAUUAAUUCCUAUUUGAUCAGAGACACAUGUAUUUCUCUGAGAGAGGCAGUUAUUCUUGUCCUCGGUGGAUGCAAGCCUCUAUAUGCCACAAAAGUCUGUGGCUGUAGUCUAAAGCUGAAAUUUUACUGUUCUUCUGGAAGUACUUGUACUUUGAAAGCUAAAGAUGAUCAUUUUAGUGAGAAAAUUAACAUGAAGGUAUGAGGAAACUACAUUCAUUUCAAAUUUGCUAUUCUUUUUCACUGGUUAAAGUCAAUACCCCGCUUUCAUGUUUCUUGUUUCAGGUUGGUCUAAAGGAGGAUCUGAAAACCUUUGGGACUGAUGUAGUUCAACAAACUUUUGUUCCUUGUCAUUGCCUGCUGUGUUACCUGUUUGGAAACUUUGGUGUCAGCCAGCCUCCUAGUGUGAGAGGUGGUCACAUCACAAAAUCUACCUUGAUACCUCCAGCCUGAGUGGGUGGGAUGGGUGUAAGGAUCAAACUUUUCCCUCGUGUCUCCGAACUGUCUCCUGGAAACUGAAUGGGAACAAAUUGGCUGGGGUUCCCUGGGGACAGAUGGACCAUGUGGCUCAUGCCCUGUCAGUGUAAAUAAGGCUAAAUUAUCUGAUGGGGACAGUCUGACAGCUUUCUCACGCUCUGAAUUCCAUGGCGUGUGGGGAUUUUAGGGCUUUGGGGUUUUGUUUUGUUGUUUUGUUUUGGUUUACUUUUAUUUUUUUUUCCCUUGACUGAUAGUAAUUUUAGACCAAGAAAUUGUUUGAUGUUAUAAGAGGUACUUCUGGGGUUUUUUUCAUCUUGCCCCUCUGUUACUACAUAGUCUUCAUUUGAACAUCUGGAUUUAAUACUGUUACUGCAUUGUAAGCAAUGGCUAUGAAAAUGGGUUCAGCACAGCAUGCUCCAUCUUAUUGGAGCUUUACAGAUAAAUAAAGUUGUCCUUCCUCUUCCAAAAAAAAAAAAAAAACCAAAAAACCCGGAAAGCAAUCUGACAGCACAUGGCUGAAGUAAAUUCAUUACAGAAUAAACAAAAAUGCUGGUAAAACAUACACAGGCAAAUGCUUGAUAUAGACAGCAAAAGUGGGAACAGCAUUCAUAAAAAGGUUAAAGUUACUUGUUGUAAUAAAAAAGAAAAAAGUAAUUAAGGGGUGGAUUUAGCAAGAAAAUCCAAGCUGUGACCAAGACAAUUUAGGAACUGGGGCAAAAGGAAGACCAAGUGGAUGCUGUUUCUGUGACAUCCUGAAGUAAUUCCUAUUUUUAAGGUUCAUGGUAUUCAGAUGCCAACUUCUGAAUUAUAGCUGCAGUGAUGUACAAAAUGUUUUCUAGCAUAUCCUCUUGUGAGCAGAAAUACCAGUGUCGUCAAAAAAAAUUUGUGUGUAAAUAUGACUCAUAAAUGAUUUCUGAGAGAUGUGAUUUAUUUUUCAUAUUUUUCAAGAUACAUUCCAUUUCAAAUAAAGAGGUAUCUAUUGAAAGAGCUCUCAA